AGAGUUAAAAACAGCCGCAGUUAGGCGGCCACUCGGCGCAACGAGAGCACGGGUCCGCGCCGCCCUCCGUACUCGAACGAACGAUCUCCUUUCUUCGGCCUACGAUACGAGGGAAGGAGCUAUACGAUCGAUCUGACGGGAUACAUUCGAAAAAAACACGCCGAAAUGGAGCCGAUAGAUUUGAGCAGCCUCAUCCCGCCGGAGUUGUGGUUUCAGCAGUUUGUCACUCUGGAUGGCCUGAACUCUGGUGUACCUACAAGAACUACAGCUACACUGACUCCCACCACACUACGUAAUAUUGAACAAACAUUGAUUGAUCUGGAGUGUGAGGUCAGCUCUCAUCAAAACGAGGCUGGCUUCGUCCCUCCCGUUGUGCAGCCAGUAUCACAAGUUGGCGGCACGUACAUGAGUCUCUUGGAAAGCAAACCCGCAUGGCAAGCAGAUGUGGGUCAACAAGCUGCUCGUCCCACUGUUGUUACAACUGCUUCAGUAUUACCAACAACAGUGGCCACCACUGCUACAAUUCCAGUCACUGCUGCUAAUGUUACUGCAGCUCCACGUCGCAACGUAGGCGGGCGGCGGCCGACGAAGAAUACUGGAAUUUCGCCUGAGGAGGAGGAGAGAAGACGUGUGAGGCGUGAAAGAAACAAAAUGGCUGCUGCCAGGUGCCGAAAGAGGAGACUGGAUCAUACAAAUGCUUUAUUGCAGGAAACAGAGGGGUUGGAGCAGAAGAAACAAGGUUUACAAUUGGAAAUUCAGCAACUUACGCAACAGAAAGAAGACUUAGAGUUCUUAUUGGAAGCUCACCAGAGACACUGCCGACUGAAUGGAACCGCUGGAUCGUGCUCACCUCUCGAUGUCAAGCCGUUCGAUUAUCGUCCGCCGACAUCAGUCAGUGAGGAGAUGUGCGUGAAACGUGAAACGGAUGAGGAUCCUCACGGACCACCUCCAGCCAAACGAUUAGCACCAGAACCGUCACUGCCGGGGCCUGUUGCAGGUACCGGUGGUGUAGCCAAGCCGCCGAGGCCAAACUCAUUGCCUGUAGCGGCCGCUUUCACCCCCGCUGCUGGGACACUGAAAGUGGCAGCAUCUGUGUCUGAGGUCGCAGGUGUUCCUGUCACUACACCUUCAGCUGGAAUGCCAUUCAACUUUGAUUCUCUUAUGGAAGGGGGAACCGGCCUCACGCCUGUGUCAGCGCCUCUCAUUCCCUCUUGCUCAAGCCAGCAACGCAACAGUGCCGACUUAGCUUCUCCAGAUGCUGUUCCUGCAAAGCUUGUGUCUUUGUGAUGGCGCGCCUCGCCGCUUGUCGGCACAGGCCUCCGUCUGCUACUCCUCUCUCCGUGAGGUCUGCUUGAACCUUCCUGCACGGUCGAUGGCUGCAUCCUGUUCUCAGGUGUCGCCUAAUUUGUAGACAGGAAGACUGCUGCUUUAUAAUGUGUUUUGUAUUCUCGUCUUCUGAUUUAAGUGUAAUUGUAUUACAUAAAUUAUUCCCUCCAUGGUUUUUUACAAUACAUAUUUUCUACAAAGUUGUCUAUUUUGAUAUGCAGAACUUAUUAUGUGCGAAGUAACAGCAGAAAGAUGGCAUCUAGUGCUCUGCGAGUGCAUUUGAAAUUCAGUAAUUAGUACUAGAAUUGUGAUCAGUCACUAGAGCACAGAAGCAAGUUCUUGAUAGCUGUUUGCUGUGCACAAUGAAUUAUGGACAUUGUGUAGGUUUUGUAUGAGGAGGACACUCUGAUUGUAAGACUAAAAUUGCCAUUUGAUUUACUGGCCAUAUCCAAAUUGUUAGGAAGUUUUGUCAAUUUAGCUCAUUGACACAGUCCAAAAAAGUAAAAUUUUAUCACACUUCGUAAGCAGACACAUCACCCAAGUGCUUUUAUCUUUCAAUUUUAUGAACAUUCACUAUUUUCCUAGUAGAAUUGUGAAUUAAUUGUACAUAAUGAAGUGAAUGUCAUUAUGAAAUGAAAUGUAUGUGAAAUCCUAGUCUGUACUAUAGAUAUUGUACUUAAUAUAUAUGCGUACAUGAAAAAUUGAAAACAGCUCAAGAAUUAAGUAAUAAUUUAAUAUACAGGCGUAACUUACAAUUCGUCUUCCAACAAUUGGAGAAUGAGAUUUUUAUAUCGCAAUUGCAUGUUGUAUUUAAUUUUGUGAUGUGCAUUAUGGUCAUAAUGUGAAUAAAAAGAAAGCUUUGAUACGGAA